AUUCGUAGCCCUAAGCACCACAUACGUGUUAAAUUUGUUUUGAUUGAACUGCGCAAACUCCGCAAACGUCAAACGUCAAUCGAAAGCAGCGCUGCUUCGGCCGCUGUCGCAGUCGCUGUCGCUGCCUCUGCAAUAUUCACUCAAACAUUUUCCCGUUAGCCAAGAUUUCAGUUACUUAGCGGCUUUUGUGCGCAACGCAACAGAACGGAACAUGUAUUGAAUGGUUUGACGUAACGAGCAACGUGUUUAACGUAAGCAUAGCAACAACAGCAACAAGAAACAGAACAACAUCAAAUAACUAUCCGGAAUUGAAAUGAAUGUUUGCCCAGUGUCAAAGAACCGUAAAAAUAGGAAAAAAUCGAACUGCAGUCGUGUUAAUAUUAUAAACAACUUUGUGAGUCUAUCGUUCUCACAGAAAACUAAAUUCAAGCAUAAAGAAAGAAAAACACAUUCAAAAUAAACAAAAAAAAAACGAGUAUUAAUUGAAGAGCUGGCCAUAGCUUUAAUUAGCAUCAAUCUAAAUAAUUCAUCGUAUUUUAACGACAGACAAGCACCGCUGGGAGACUGGCAAAAUGCAUUAGGCGAGCAAGGCGAAAUACUUGGCCAAAAAUGCUGAAAUGCCCGCAUUGGCAUUGGGCCACAUAACACAGUCCCCUCCUUUCAGCAUCAUCUGCGAGGCCGUGUGUUGAGUCGAGACUGUUUCAAUCAUGGCGGCGCUCACGUCAAUGGAAUUAGGCUGCUGCCUGGUAAUGCUGCUGCUGUUCAUCCACAACGGUUAUUGCAUAGACUGUUUCAAGUGCGUUUCAAAUAAUGGCGCCAACCGGGCCUGCGAUGAUCCAUUUCAUAAUAAUUACUCCACCGCCAUACUCGAGUCGCCCUGCAUGGGCGGACGCAAGGGCCGCGAUGGCCUCUUCCCAGCCACUGCCUGCAUUAAGAUCGCCGGCUAUUACGAUGACAACGGUGAGACGAUAACGGUGCGAGGCUGCGCCCUGGACAGCGGUACACUCACAACAGACACAGAGAUUAUAAGAAUGUCGCAUUGUGGAAAAUUCUACUAUGACAACAGAUACGUACACGGCUGCCUUCAGAGCUGCAGUGAUGCGGAUGCCUGCAAUGGCAGUCACGCCAAGAACGUGGAAUCCUUGCUGCUUAGCAUUGCGUUGCUGCUUUUGGCGACUGCAAGGUAGCAGUAACAGCAACAACAACAACAAUAGCAACAAUAAUAAUAAUGGCAAGGAACAGCAAAUACAGCUGUAACUAGCAACCCAUGAAAGAUGGAGGGAUUAAGCUAAACUGAACGUGAAAAAAGCAUUUAACAUAAUUCAGCUGCGCGAAAUUAUUUGUACACAUUUCAUACGUUGCUCUAUCCGUAUCUCUCACUCUUUCCCUC